CAAAAACAUCGUUUUCGUUGUUUUCCAGUGAAAUACCUUCUUCAUUUCCUGCUAUCAUCUAUUUGAAUUCAAUUCGUAACUGUUCAACGGUUUAUUUGGAUUAAGUUUAAAAAUAAGGGCAGUCUGAUUUAGAUUUUACUUGGCUUUCGAGCUUAUCCGACGCAGUACCUUUGCCAUCGUUUGCCAUUAUCUCGUGAUCAGGCCAAGAUACCUGCAGGCUGCUGUUAAGCUGCUGCUCAAAAAAAAAACACUACAGUUCUUUGUUUAGAAGUUCCAAGCAGUAAUGGAGGUUGAAACCAAAUCCACCGAGAUCCGGUGCCAGGAGAUGUCGAAGGGCGGUCUGGCGUACGAGGUGAUCCUGGCGGAGCCGGUGGGCGUGCCCGCACCGCGCCGCGCCGACUCCCCUGAGAAAACGCCCUCCGUCGAGGAAAUACAGGAGAAACUGAAAGCCGCUGAGGAGAGGAGACGAAGUCUCGAGGCUAGCAAAAUGGCGGCGAUCGCCCAGAAGAUGGCGAAGAUCGAGGACGCGUCGCGCAUCCGCAGCGAACAGACCAACAGCUUCAUCAACGCCACCAAGGAGGCGCUCGAAGCGAAGAUGGAGACGCACUCGGAGAAGCGCGAGGCGUACAUCGGCGAGCUGCGCGCGCGGCUGAAGGACCACCUGGAGGGCGUGGAGAAGACGCGGCUGGCGCUGGAGGCGCAGACCGCGGACGUGUACCGCGCCAUCGAGGACAAGAUGACCACCGCCGCCGACAAGCGCGACGAGAACAUCAAGAAGAUGCUCGAGCGGCUGCGCGACCAUGAGGAACAAGUGCGCAAGGUGCGCGCCGGCAACCAGGAGCGGUUCCAGCAGCUGGAGAGCGCCAUCCAAGACAAGCUGCAGCAGGCCGCCGAUCGCCGCCUGCAGCUCGAACAGGAGCAGAAGGAAAAGCUGCGCAGUCAUAGCGUGAAGCUCGCGGAGGUUCGGUCCGUCGUCACCGCCAAGAUGGAGGAGAUCUCCAAGGACAUCGAGACCAAACUCACCACAGCCGAGAUCAACCGAGAGAAGGAGAUACAGAAGAAACUAGACUUCGUUAAGAAGGAGGAGCGGCGCGCGGAGCUUGUGCGGCAGAACAAGAGCGCGCGCGCCGAGUGCGACGCCGCGCCCGCACAGGGCUAGGCGCGCCCCGCACCGCAGCUUAGCGCCAUCACACCGCGAGACGCUAUAUUUAAGGUCAUAUCUUAGUACGAGGGCGUAGGGCGGGGCCUCCGGGCCCCAUCAUUCGUUUCGUUCGCGACAUCGCUGUCACCGUGGCCUACUAGAGCGUCGGGCGUCGGUCGUUUCGUAAUCUGAAUUCGCAUUUACAUAGUCUAAUACUUUACUACCGAACGUCGGACGGGGCUCGGGAUUCCUCGAAUCGGAUCGCGGGGAGGCUCGAGGAAUCCCGGCCGUGUGUUUACGUCUGCCGGUGCGCGAUUCGGGAGGUUAGCUAUAGAAAUAUUAUAUCAUUAUUUUUAACGUUUACUAACGCAACAGUAUUUUAGUGGUAUGUAAUCUAAAUUUAAGUUAUUUUCAUAAUCGUCACUCAUCACGCUAUAGACUGUAACGUAUUUUAACGAUUGAUUUGUACGGUAUGGGUGAGAGCGGGGGCGGGGCGCGGGGUCGGCGGCGGGGGCGGGGCGCGGCGAGGGUCGACACCGGCGCCACCUCGUUCCGCAGCACCGUCAUCCCGCGCUCGGUGACUGCCUACUCAGUAGAUUUAUUCACAUACGAUUGUCGACAGGAUUUGUACUGAUAAAACUACUCAAUUCGUGUCGCGAGAUAUUCUAGUGUUAUCAGCCGCGGUAUAUUUUCGCGGUAUCGAGUUUUACUCCUAGAUAAUCGUCUAUUCGUUGUACAAACUACCUUUUCUCUCAUUAUACUUAAUCGGAGUCGUCGUGUCGUAACUCGAAAACUUUCGGUGGACCCUCUAGUCGGAACGCUUUACCCAUGAUCUCAACGAGCACGAUGUAGUCCGCGGUAUCGGAAGUGCCUCCACGUCGACUAGACACGGAUGUUAUCGCAUAACGUAAAAACUGCCUUUCAUAGCGUUUUAUAUUUUUUUAAAAGUCGAUGCGCUGGACCGCGUAUGUGUUGGACACGAGCUUCUGUGAUGUUUUCGCUCUAGUGAUAUACGUCAGUCGGAUAUCACCCGUAGAUGGUUUAUACUCGGAAUAUAUUUGUAUAUACGUAUAGAGCGGUGUAUCUGCUUGCGGGGCGCUUGCCUGCUUGUCUAUGUACGGGACCGGGAGCUAGGUGUAAGUGCUUGACUCUGACCAAUGUCGCGGUAGUCCGCGAGGCGGGAUCGGAUCGCGUAUCGCGUUUAGCGUUGCCGAUAUAAGCUUUUCGGAUAGUUUUAAUGUGUUAUUUUAUGUUCAUUAUGUUCUAUAUAUAUAAUAAUUCCUUUGAUGUUAUAAUAUGCGUUGAUUUUAAUAUUUUAAGUGCUUCGGUUCGUGAGGUAUUUAAGAAUUGCUGUUUGAAGUGCAGGCAACUUUUUGUAGUUUCAUUGUCGUAUUAAAUAAAGUCAUAAAUAUUA